CGCCAUUUGCUGGUCGGAGAGGCAUUUUUAACAAACUUAGAUCAUUAUCAUAUUUAAUUUUUCAUUAUAGUUUUGUGAACUAAAGGUUAUCCGCUUUGCUUAUUUUCGUUUAUUUAGUGUGAUAAAAGUAUCAAAAAUGGACUCAAAGAAAAGCCCAAAUAGAAGAUCUAGAAGACAGUCUAAACCAGGUGAAGAGAACUACUGGGACUGUAGCGUCUGCACCUAUCGUAACUCAGCUGAAUCCUUCAAGUGUUUGAUGUGUGAUGUGAGGAAAGGGACUUCUACUCGGUAUGUAAAACCAAGGCUUAACCCUCAACUUGUAUCCCAACAAGUCGUCCACCACUAUGCUCCACCACAGACUAAACAAAAGAUUUCUUCGAAGCUAGAAAAAAAAAAUUUAGAAAAUUCUUCUGCAGAAACUCUGCCAAAAAAGCGACACAGGCCACGACUGAAGAAUGUUGACCGUAGUAGUGGUCAGCAGAAAGCAGUUACCGUCAACAAUGUCACUGUUAUCAUCACAGAAUUUCAACCAAAGUCAUCAGACCGUAACGGAAGGCUGUCUAGUGGUAAUACUUCGGAUAGUGGCAGCAUGUCCGAUUCCACCAAUCACAGUGAUGUUAAAAUUGGAAGUCUACACUCGGAUAGAUGAGUGUGCGGAUAACUAGUUAUGAUGUGCUUUUGUUUAUAGUUAGAAAAUUCUGGUAUUGUAAUAAAUAAGUCAUUAAGUUAGUUUUCUUUUCGUAUUUGGCUCAUGCACUUCAACAUACAGAACUUUCCAUGUUGAAUUUAGUGUUUGUGGAAAAUGAGCCGACAUGAUGUUUGAUAUGUAAUAAAUUUCAGUGUGCAUUGCCGUUAUAGAUUCAUUUUUUAAUGUUUUGGAAGAUGUUCUGUAGGAUACGAUAAAGUUUUUAGCUGACACGUAAAACUGUUUUGAGAUCGAUUUAUGAUUUUACCUUGUUAUUUCUUGGUACCUUAUUGGUUUCAUUGUAUCUUUCUUCGUUUUAAAACAUUUAGCAUAAUCCGACUGAAUGUUUUUUUGAAUGAAUCUAAGUUUCAAAUGGACAGCAACUGCCUGUUGUAGAAAACUACAAAUGUAGAGGACGACGUUUCGAAAAACGUCCCCCUAUUGUCUUCUGGAGACGAAAGGCGGAAGUCU